GUCGCUGCCCGGGUCGCGUCUGGUGGCUUCGCUCGGGAUGGUGCGUGGCCAGCCGCGCUCCGUGUGCACCGGGGCACCGAGCCGCCUGCGCCGGGUGCCUGGCCCGGAGUGCAGCGCGCAGCGCCCGUGAGCCAGGGUUUUAUGUAUUUCAGAAGCACCAUGCUGAAUGGGAAUUGCUGCAGCUGAGACCCAUGAUUAGACACAGGAGUUCCAAGAUGCCGCUUCAGACAUCUCAAAACUGACAGCAAGAACUGAAGAACCAUAUUUAAGAUCUGAUAAUUGUCCUGAAAUCCUGACCAUGUCUAUUAUGGAUCACAGCCCUACCACUGGAGUGGUGACUGUAAUAGUCAUUCUGAUUGCUAUUGCUGCUCUUGGUGCCUUGAUAUUGGGCUGCUGGUGUUACCUGCGUCUGCAAAGGAUUAGCCAGUCUGAAGAUGAAGAGAGCAUUGUGGGAGAAGGAGAAACCAAAGAGCCUUUCCUUUUGGUGCAGUAUUCUGCUAAAGGACCUUGUGUAGAGAGAAAAGCAAAGCUGACUCCUAAUGGAACAGAAAUUCAUAGCUAACUUCGAGCAGCACAGAUGUGUAUUUGGACUACACUUAAGAUGUCUGUAAUCAGCAGAACUGAUACUGUGAAGAAACUGGACAUACAUACUGCUCUCUCCUAAAACACCUUGAGAUAAGACUUCAAAGUUAUGGUUUUGUUGGUUUGCCACUACAUGCACUGAGAAACUAGACUAUCCAUCAAUCCUGUAUUUUAACUCCUUAGUGCUAAGAGGUGACUUCUCUGGUAUAAAGUCCAUUGCUGGCAAUGGACAUGCAGGGAUAUGCUGGCAUGAAAAGAUUAAUUGCAUUUUUGUUACUUGAAUGUUUAGCUGAGCCUAUUUUGAUGGAACUACUACUGUAAUGUGAACUACUUAAAACUGUGAACUGUAAAUAGGCUGCCAGGAGUUCUGGCUUUUUGUUAUCCAGCAUAUGGAAGUGGUAUGAAGUUAUUCUUAGUAACACACAUUUGGACUUCUGAGCCACAUGAUUACAGAGCGGAUGCCAGACCUUCAAAACCAAAUCUGCAGUUAAAGCCUGUUUCUGCUAUGACAUUCUGAGUGAAUAACCAUAAAGACAGAAUGGUUGCUUUUUAGUUUUAGUUUUUAAACCUCUUAUGGGACUGAGUCAGAACACUUUCCCUGAAUGCAGGUAUAUAUAAUCUCAUUAAGGUGUUUGAGGCAGAAAGGAUAGGGGUUAUAAGGAAGGAACUGUACCUCUCUUCCUUUAGGGUAGAUUUAGCUGAUAACAGCUAAUACUGUGAUUGUCCUAGCCAUGUAGCUACUGCAAGGAAACUGCCAUUUUAGCAGAUUCCAAUCUGGGAACUAAUGAUGGCUACUUCAUGCAUGGUCCAGAAGGUUUCCAGUGGAGUUAAAAAUAGCAGUAGAGCAGAUCUUUCCCUCCUGUUAGCAAGCAUGUUAAUUACAGAAGUGGUGUUUUCACUAGAACUGGCAUUAAUGUAACUAUUUCUCUUUUUUCUCCCCCCACCCCCCCAUAACCACUGUUUAUAUGUGUACCUAGUAGCUGGGGCAUAUGUAAACAUGAUGCUAAACAGCCAACUGUGCAAACUGUUUUUAGUCUAGAUACCAAAUUGUCUAUAGUUAAUGUAUUUUGUAGGUAAGCUUUUUGGAUUCUUAACUUACAGGGCAGACAGAAAUCUAUCUUGUAACAGCUAACUAAAUUUUGGGUGUGUUGGGGAAGGAAUAGAGGGAGGGGGGGAAAUUGUGGGUAGGGGUAGUUUUUUUUUUAAAAAAUUUGGUGCAAUCUGAAGUACCUUCACACAAAGGGGCCCCACAUUUCCUAACUUUUCCCUUCUCUUUACUAAAGAGAAACCUAUAACAGGUACUUGGAGUGUAAAAUUAUAGACUGUAAACAGUACCAUAGGUUCUGAACAAUCAUUCAACCAUGGCUAAAAUGUUCUAGAUUUCCUAACUUUUAGGCCUGCAUAUUCCACUAAGUACCCAGCUUUUGCCAGAUCCAGUUCAUAUGUAGCUAAGGAAUUCCUUUAGUUUAAGUUAAACUCCCUAGCAAACUGAGAUGCAAAGGGGGGGGAGGAGGGGGAGAUGUACAAGCAGUAGAUAAUGCAAAAGUUCAACCACCACCA